AAGCAGCUGCGCCUGAGGGGUCAGAUGUCCACUGUGGCUGCACCGUCAAAGUGAGAAAACUCGACGGAGAAGAAAGACGAAAGCUGGAGAAGAAGUCUGAAGACCGCUUUAGUCCGGCCUCACAAGAAACAAGCUAAAGUAGAGUUGACAACAUUUAGUAAGACUGAAAAAACAGGGGUUAGCUUGUGUUCCGUUGCUGCUAUUAUCGGCUAACGUCGCGGUGCUUUUGUAACGGUUAGUUAAGUUUAGCUAGCAGCCAUAAAGUGAUGAGAAGAGUUUUUCGAAAAAACUAACGAAAUGACCCUCACAACAAGUUUACUGGGACUAAAUAUGACAUGGAUAUGGACCACUUCAUCCUCACUGACGGAAGAGAAUGGACUUCAGCGUCUAAAGGUAUAUAAAUAUCAGGGGUUUCCACCAGAUGGAUCUACAAGUGACAAAGCAGCGUCCCGAGUUCCGGUGAAGACACAACUGAAGAUGAAGCUUGCCGUGUUUGCUUGCCUGUUGCUGAUCAUACCAUUCCAGGCCGAGGCUGAGUCAUGCGUCGGGAAAAGAGUCAAUAUCUAUGUGAUCGAUGGCAGUGGUCUAGCAGGAGAUGGGGUUGUCCCAGAUCCCUAUGUUACGGUGCAAAUUGGCUCUGAAAAGAAACGCACCAUGACCGUUUAUUCAAAUGCAAACCCAGUUUGGUAUCAGAAGAUCAAAUUUCCUACCAUCAGCACUAAUAAGUUGACCAUAGAGGUGUGGGACGAAGACCACUUCUCCUCUGAUGACAAACUGGGGACCUGCGUCCAGGAGCUCGAUGCGAGUGGUGCUGACUACAGGAAGGUUGAGUGCAAAAUGGCGAAUAAAAAAGGUCUUGUCACCCUCCAUUACAAGUGCAAGUAA